AUGGACCAACCGCCGUUUCUAAGUGCCAUAGUAGAUCUAGAUAUCUCAGCGGCCAACCCGCUUGGAAAUUCUGAUCUCCCAACUUGGCUUCGUGACGUUCUUGAAAGGGCAUUAACCGCCAGUGGGUUGAAUUUAGGAGCAUCCGCCAAACUGGCGUCUGACGAAGCCAUAUCCAGUCUUGUUAAGCUUGACUAUUCUAUUGUGAGAGAUCACGAAUGCCCUAUAUGUUUUGAAAGCUAUCAACAAGAAAUUAAAGAUAAGACAGCUGAAACCUGUAGAGAGGACUAUGUUCAUGAUUUAGAAACAUACACCGAAUUGAUUAGAAAUGAUGAUAACUUGGUUGAUAGACUUCGUAAAGUUGGCGUGGUUAUUGAAUCCAAACAGAAAAGUUCCCAGUUUGAUGAUCCAGCUUUAUUCUUCCCUACUGAUGUUGGUGCAUCUCAUUAUUCCCGAUUCCCCCAGAGAAAUUUAUCCACAUUGAAGAAAGUCACUUUGGAAGACCAGUUCCCUGGUUAUAAAGAUAAACAUCAAGCCGAUAGAGAGAAAGAGGCACGUAUAAAACAAUUCAAGCGCGAUGGACAUAUUGCUGUAAAGAUUCCCGAAUGUGGACACGUGUUUGGACUUUCAUGUAUUGUCGAAUGGUUGAAAUCAAAUGUUAGUUGCCCAUUAUGCCGUAAAGAAGUCGAGGCUAAGAAUGAAGAUCCUAAUGCUACUCGUCUUGCUACUAUCAAAUCUACAACCUUGCACAAUUUUAAUAAUGAAAAAGAUGUGAUGGAUCAUAUUCGCGACCAUUCAACCGAUGUUUUCAAUCCUUACAGACGGCCAUACAAUCCCGCCAUUACCCCAGUUACUGAUUCAUAUUUACCUCAGAGUUGGGUUACUCCAUAUACUCAAACCAGAGUCAAGUCAGCUGAUCCUGAUUUAGUGCUUCCUCGAAAAUUCCCUUAUUUUGAACCCCAAGUUCAUGCCAUACCCAUAAGAAGAAGAAGAUCAAUAAGAAGUCAACGUCAACCACCACCACCACAACAACAACGUCCUUCACAAUUUACUGAAAGACGAGGUAACAGUGCUUCCUAUGCACAAACUACUCAACCAGGAGGAACACAAUCAAAUGACAGAAGAGUCAAUUUUUCCCCACAUACCACCACAAUAGAUGAUUUGAUUACCGAUAGUGAUAGUUCUUCUGAACAAAGAGAACAACCCGAGGAACACCCGCCUAGCAGAUUACUGUUUAUUCAAAGAUUGCAAAGCAGAUUACUGAGGACUCCAUCGGGUGGAGCAGGAACUGGGGGACCCGAUAGAGGUUCCGAAAGAUCCCGUCUUGCACGUGAAGGAAGACAUCCGUAUUAUAGACCCGGCCUGGAAGAUAGUAAUUAA